CGCACGCAGCAGCGACGGCGCACUCCCAUCCCAGUCCCAGCCCCAGCCCCGGCAAACUCGCCCUCGCCGCCCCGGCUAUAAAGACCACCGGCUGCUGCACGACACUGCCUCGCCAAGACGGCAAGACGUACGCUAACACAAGAACAUUACACAAGCACCGAACCAAGCAGCAUCCGAGCGGGCGCAUUCGAGCUGAUCAUCCUCGACCGAUCGAUCGAUCAAACAUACAUAAAUACAUACAUACAUACAUACGGGUGGAGAGAGAUGGCGAGCGGGAGCGGCAAGGCGAAGGCGACGUCGUGGGCGGCGGCGAUGAGCGUGGGCACCGUGGAGGCGCUCAAGGACCAGGCCGGCCUGUGCCGCUGGAACUACGCGUUCCGUCAGGCGGCGCAGCAGCGCGCCAGGAGGCCAGCAACAGCAGGCGCCAGCGGCUCUGCAGGCGGCGCCGGCAGCAGCGCCUCGGGCUGCGCCGCGUCGGCCGCGGCGGCGAGGAGGAAAGCCAAGCAGCAGGAGGAGGAGCUCCGGACGGUCAUGUACCUCAGCAACUGGGGUCCCAACAACUAAUACCUACGCACAGUCCUAGCUCAUGAUCGAGCAGUCUGAGGACUUGUGUUGGUGUAUGCAAGCCUCUGUCCUCUCCCAGGCGAAGCUGGCCGGGCAACAAUCUGAUCUGAUCUGACCCCGAGCAUCUCGGGUUGCUAUGCUUGUCAGUCAACCUUGCCUAGCCAGAGUAUUAGCCUAUUAGGCGCUAGCGUUUCGUUACUGCUCUAGUUUGUUGUACAAACGACAAGGCCAAGUUCGCGUGGGCGGAUGAAUCAUCCAACAUGCAUGUGGAUGAGCAUGUGUACGCCAGGAAGUUGAUGAACACCAUGUACACCAUGCGCAAGAGCUAUAAUUUUACAUAGUUUCAUCAAAUGUCCAUGAUUUAGGUUUUAAAUGGUAUUUUUCAUGGCAGUUUUUUUGGGCUG